AUGGUUCGUUUGCAUAGUGUCUUAUGUAUUAAGAAAGAGGGCGGUCGCGAGGAGGUGCCGACCAACGCGGAUCAGAUGACAUCAAGCAUGCGCACUGAACAUACCUGCUGUUGUCUUGGCGUGUUGGUGGGAGUCUCGCUCAUAGCCGCCCUCGUAGCUGUGAUCCUAAUGAAGGAUAACACUGUCGAGGUAACAAUACUACGACAAGUUCACGUGUUGAUGUCUCACGGCGAGCGCACUCCGAACGAGCAUGAACUCUCAAUGUUGGGGACACCACCGCCUGACCACGUCUUUGUUCCAUACGGAGCUGGUGCUUUGACUAAUGAAGGAAAAAUGUUGACAUACGAAAUGGGCGCUCUUCUUCGUAAAAGAUACAAUGAUUUCAUGGGACCGUAUUACAUAGCUGAUAACACGAUGGUCAUAGCAUCUGAUACGAGGUUAAGUAAAAUGACAGCUCUAUUGAUAUCAGCUGGUUUAUGGCCUCCGCCACCAGAACAAAAGUGGAAUGAUACAUUAAUGUGGCAGCCAGUCUCAUACAUAUAUCCCACGAGAAAUGAUGAUUUCUUGCAAUACGAAGAGAAUUGUCCUAGAUAUGGGCAAGAAAAACAAAGACUCUUAAAGGCAUACAUGGAAGAGGGGCUAUUGGCGCCAUAUAAGGACUUAUUUUAUAAAGUCGCACAUCUCACUGGCACAAAUUUUUCUACGCCCCAAGACGCGUAUCACCUAAGCAAUUUGUUUUUAAUUCAGGAAGACAUUAAAGUACCAAAUCCGAAAUGGGCUAAGCACGUCAAAAGAAAAUUAUUAGAUGUAGCAAGAUUGGAAUAUAUGAUGAUGUUUCAAAAUAAUCUACUCAGGAAACUUAGUGGAGGUGCAUUACUAAAGCAAAUAAUAAAAGAGGCGGAAUCAAAGACAGUGGAAUCGAAUAGCCCAGCGGUAAUCGUUCGUAUCGGGACCCCUGUAUCUGUAGCUGCUUUGCUAUCAGCUUGUGUGGGUCCUCCACCUCGACUGCCUGAUCCAGGAGCAGCCUUAUUAUUUGAGUUACAUGAAAAAUUGCCUUCUGCUAAGAUGACCGAUCAAAAAAGUUUAUCGGAUGGACAUAAAUAUGGAUUUAAGAUCUAUUAUUGGGAUGACGACUCCGCUGAACCGCGUCUUAUGGAAGUACCUGGGUGCAACGCGUUUUGUCCACUCGAUACGUUCAAAGACUCGACCAAAUAUAUUGUUUCCUUAGAUUAUAAGAAAGACUGUGAAGCUGUUCCUACUUAG